CAUCCACACUAGAAGAUUUCAACAGGGCAAAACCAUAUUUAAGUCAUAUGGGUAAAAAUAUAAUUCAUUGUGGGGGAUUAGGUGCGGGACAAAUAGCAAAAAUAUGUAAUAAUAUGUUAUUAGCGAUAACAAUGAUCGGUGUAGCGGAAACAAUGAAUCUUGGAGUGAAACUUGGUAUGGAUCCAAAAUUGUUGGCAAAUAUUUUAAAUACUUCUUCUGGUAGAUGUUGGUCAAGCGAUAGUUAUAAUCCUUGUCCUGGUGUUUUAUCAAACGUACCUUCAAGUAAAAAUUAUGAAGGUGGUUUUAAUAAUAAGUUAAUGGCAAAAGAUACAAAGUUAGCGGUUAAUGCUGCUAACGACGCCAAUGCUACCGUCAUUUUAGGAGCAAUUGCUCAACAAUUGUAUAGUUUACUUUCGAAUACUGUUGGUUAUGAAAAGAAAGAUUUUAGUUCUAUUUAUAGAUGGUUAAACGAAUCUAAUAAUUGA